AUGGCGGUGUGCGGCUUCACCUUUCCCGGAAGUUCCAUUCAAUCCACUUGGUGUCACACGUGGGUUAGUUUUUGCAGUGCACCCUGGGAAAACAUGGAUACCUUCGAUCUCUUUCGCAAACUGGGGUCCGGUGCACGAUUUGAUCUGAAACGAUUUAACGCGGACGCCGAGAAGUUUAAGGUUUGCACUCUGGGGGCUGAUAUGUGACAGGGCUCUGUGUAUAGGUAUAGUGAUGGAAGAUGGGUUGCAAGUCUGGAAUGAGUAAUGCAUGCGUUCUAUGUAUUAAGCUUGGUAUAGAAUUCAGUGGAAAUCCAGAGUGAAUGCAAAUAUACUGUAACAGAAAACAAAUGUUUGUAGUCUUCUGAGCUGCAUCAACUUUUUGAGUAGGAAAGGUGACUGAACUUAUCUUAAUGUGUUAAAUCAUACCUCAUUGCAUACCUGUUUAUUAGACUGUGCAAGUAAAAUUAAGAGCCACUUUAUCCUUUUAGUUUUGUUUUUUUAAUGUUUUGUUUUUCUGCUUAUUGUGUACCAUUCUAAUACCAUGUUUCCAGUAUUCUAAAGUGCAUGCGUUUGAUACUUCAUAUCAUUAUACUGUAUCUCAGCAGUGUCUUUCUGUUGGUCCCUUGGUAAAUGAACUGUAACUCUCAUUUUUCUAUGUAAUAUCAAAGAGCUGGCAGUUAAUGAUGUCUGUGUAUUUCAGUAAUCCGAGAAUGCAGUACAUACUUUAGGUUCUCCUUGGACAUGUAUCUAAAGGCAGUGCAUAUGCCACACUGAAAAUGUCAUAAAGAAUCAACUUCUAUGUGAUUUGCAGUUGGCUAAUACAGUAAUCCUCCUGAAAGUAAAAAAGCUUAUCACGAAAUAGCACUUGUAAUGUCAUAAAUCAUCCUUUUAGUAUAUGUAAAUUGAUAUAUAAUAGCAUUUCUGUAUGUUAAAUUGUUGAUAGAAAUUGUACCACAUCUCAUUACAGUUGGCAAAAGUUCAGGAGAGAAAUUUGCCAUCUUUGGACAGAUCACAAAAUCUUGACUUUUUUGGAAGUAAAUCAAAACCAGUUUCUGUAAAACGUGCCUUGGAUAAAACAAUUGAUGAUGAAAAGAAUAAAGAGCCAAACGGUGGCACGUCUGCAACAAAUAAUGCCCGCACAAAAAUUUCAAAGAAAAGUGUGAAGAAACAGAAAAUACAAGGUAUUUACAAAAACUGUACUUUCCUUAUGGUCAGUCCUUCACUGCUGUUGGAGGAGAACAAUUGUUAUCUUAAAGUUGUUUUUAUAGGUCGAGUGGACAAGUUAGUUUUUAACUACCAUCCAAUGUCAUGUACUAAUCAGUAGAGAUGUCGCGAACCGUCCGUGGCGAACUCCGGUCAGCUGGCACGUCCCGGCCAAUCUCCAGACCCUCCUACUUCCUGGACAGCAUCCAUGUUGAAACAUGGAUGCUGUCCAGGAAGUAGGAGGGUUUGGGAGGGAGGGUCUGCUGGAGAUUGGCCGGGACGUGUCAGCUGACCGGAGUUCGCCACGAACAGCUCGUGGCGAACCGUUCGCGACAUCUCUACUAAUCAGCACUACUUUUUUCAUCUUUCUUAUCAAAUAGCAGUAUUAAAGGAAUAAUAUAGUGUUAUGAAGACAAACCUGUUUCCAGCAGAACUUCCUCUGUGGUGUUCGCCUCCCACUACAUCAUCAGAGGAGGCAUAGCAAAGGAGGGGGACACUGUAUCCAGACCACUUAACUGAGAAUUUAAAGGACAACUAUAUUUUUCCUGGCACUAUAGUGCCCUGAGGGGGUCCCACUCCCGCCGGGCUCUAGGGUGAGGAAGGGGUUAAACUUACCUCUUUCUCCAAUGCCGUGCGGGGAGCUCUCCUCAUCCUCUGCUGAAUGCACAUGCGCGGCAAGAGCCGCGCGCGCAUUCAGCCAGUCUCAUAGGAAAGCAUUAACAAUGCUUUCCUAUUGACGCUGGCGUCUUCUCACUAUGAAAAUCUCAUCAAUGAGACAGCCACUAGAGGCUGGAAUAACCCUAAUGUAAACAUAGAAGUUUCUCUGAAACUGCUAUGUUUAUAGAAAAAAGGGUUAACCCUAGCUGGACCUGGCACCCAGACCACUUCAUUAAGCUGAAGUGGUCUGGGUGCCAAUAGUGGUCCUUUAAGUGGUCUUGGGUGACUAUAGUUUACCUUUAAGAUACAUUUGAGUAUGCAUGUUCAUUUUAUACCACUUUCCAAAUUUUGCUUUUAUUGAUUAUGUAUUCAGUAUUGCAGCUGUUAAUUAUCCAAGGUCCUUUUGUUUGAUUAGUGAUCUUAAUUUGACUUAUGUUUAUCUUCUGAUGGUGAAGAUGCUAAGUAUCCAGCUGGGAUACAACUUUGAGUUCUUUUUAUUUCUCCCUGUUUUUAUUCACCCUUUUCGGGGAUUUUUGUAGCAAGAAAAGUCAUACUAUUAAAAAAAAGGAAACUCACACAAUUUUUUUUUGUGUAUGUUUUUGUAACAUUCUCAGUGCUAUUUUCCAUGAUAGCCAUAAACAUUAAGGCAUUACUGGCCAUUUGAAAUGUUAGGAGCAACUUUUAGUGUACAUAGUUUAAUGUAGUGCGACAUUUGGUGAUGGGGACACUGCCCAAAUACAAAAUAAAUAAACAUCACUGUUUAGUAGAUAAACCCAAGAUGAAAACUUGCAUGCAUUUAAUUAUGUAUUUUUUUUCAUUGGGGAUAUACCUAAAAACUGCAGAUCUCUUGUCUGCAGCUUUGGCAAGCUCUCCCCUUCUAACCCCACCCAGACUUUUUGUGGCUGUCCAAUCACAGACUUUCCAAUGCAGCUCAAUGAUAAGCCUUUAUAAGUCAGGUGCUCUGAUCAAUUGCUGCCUCUUGAGGUCAACUGGCUAAUGAAACCAGGACAUUACCUGUUGUCUGCUUGAUAGCCAAGGGGGUGUAACCAGGUUGUUGUUUUUUUACAAUGUUUCCAUUUCUAGUAAAAUCUGCACUUUUUAAAUCAUGAAAAACGAGGUCACACUCUUUACACACAAAGCUUUUCAGCAAACUAAAGUUAUUUAGAGGUCCUGAGUGACCCUUUUAGCUGAAUGAAAAAUGUAUGUAUGAUACUAAUUAGAUGUACGUCACCCAAAUGACAAUUCAAAAACUGAUGACUAGCAAUUAUUGCAGGUGAGCAAAGGAAAAUGUUGUUGUAUAAUGCAUUUAAAAAAAAAAAAAUCACUUUAUUUUCUGUUUUUCUGCUUCAAAGCAGAAAAUGGAUCAGAAGAAAACACUUUAUUGGUUGAAAACCAAGAAUCAUCUAUCUGCUGGAUGUCGUCUUUAGAGGCAAAACUAAAGGAUGCUAAAGCAAGCAGACAAAAUAAGCAGAGUGCUGAGAAGCUGGUGAAGCAAAGAAUUCAAAAGGUACGUAUGUCACAUGAUCAAUCAUGAGUGAACAAACGGUUAAUGUGUCAAUUCUGAUGUAAGGCUGUGUAAUUAAAUAUAAAAUAAUUGAAAGUGUGUUUUGUAACAACUUGGACUCAUUCUUUUUCUCAGAGGUUUGGUUCAUGUUUGAUUUUUCUUUUUUUUUCUUUUUUCUUUUUCAUAAAUGAAGCUGUAAUGUGUAUGCCCUCUGUGGUUUGCAAAUGAGUUUGUGCAUCCUUUAAGAAUAUACAUGUAUGAGUAAUGAAGCCCCACACAGCUAGUGGUGAAAUACAGCAUAUAAGGAGAUGGCAGAGUGUUUGAAGAGCUGACACAUUUGUCCAUAAUUAAAUAAAACACAAAUCCUAACCUAGACCUCUCUGUAGUAUUUUUCAUAAUCUUUUCAAAUUAAUACUUUUGGAUUAACUUUUAUUGAUCAUAUGUGAUAUUUUAUUAUUUUGAAGAACAAAAAGUUUGUCUAAAUUGUCUAUUGCAACCCAUAUAUAAUUUAGUGAUUUACAUGAAUAUCUAGAACCUACAUUCCCUCAAUGUAAUUUCAGUUUAAGUAGAACCACCGGUUCCAUGCCAGAUGUGUCCGUUUUUGGGGUCUUUGCAAAAGCCCCUAAAUUUGACAGAUCCACUUUAAAAAGUAAAGCCCUUCCUUCUUCAUGAUAUCUAGGAAUGGACAGGGUAACAGAAUGAGCAGUGUCCCUAAUGUAAUCUGACCUCUGAUUUAAAAGAACAGUCCAAGCACCAUAGCCACUACAGCUCGCUGUUAGAAUAUGUAGUGGUAGAAUUGCAAAAGACGUUGUUCCAUCUUAAGAGACGAGAAUUUAGAUUUAAAAGGAAGGAUAGAUUAGGAAAGGAGAAAAGGAGAAAGGUGCACAGAUAACAAGUACAGAGAGAUUACGUAAUAAACAUUUUGAAACAAAUAACAGUGCAUGACUAUAUAGAGAACACCAGGUCAGAUGGGGGUUGAAUAUUAAAUUCAAGGGAUUCAUGAGCCAGAGGCUACUCCGAAUCAGACAGGCCUAAUGAUUGAAAUGUUUUGGAGACUGAUAAUCUAUUUCAAGCAUACCACAUUUUGGCUGUUUUAUCUACUAUACUGUAUUGUGUUUCUGUUUUAAUAUUAGAGAGGGGGGGGGAUCCAAUUUUGUAAAAAGGAUAUUGAAGUAUUAUUGUAUAAUCAUAUAUCCAUUUUAAUUUUUCCUUGUACUCUUUUAUUUUAAUGGAGUAGAUGAAUCAUUUUCGGAAUGCUCAUAAGAUUUAUGUGCAAGGAACAGAUAUUCCAGAGCCAGUGGCGACCUUUGAACAGCUUCAUGAAGAGUACAAAAUCGACCCAAGGAUAAUGCAGAAUGUGAAAAACGCUGGUUUUCAAACGCCUACACCCAUCCAAAUGCAAGCAAUACCACUCAUGUUACAUGUAAGAGCUUACUUUCUCCAAAAGUAAAUGGAGGAAAUUUUUUUAUAAAUUCUCCUUCUCCCUUUUAUUAUUAGACACCCACUUGUUUAAUUAGGGUUAUGGUUUAGGAAAUAGAUUACCAAACUGUUAUCCCGUUUUGUUUUUCCUUAUCUAAACCCAUCUGUUUGAUGUGUAUUCACUAAGCAUUAAAUGGCAUUUGGUUAUCCAAAUUCACUUGUUCCACCAAAAGUUUACUAUGUGAAACCCAUUUGGCUAUUCACCAGAUAGAAACCUGGUAAUUUUAGCAGUUUUUUUUUGUAUGGCUGCCAGUGAGGUAGCUGUUAAAAUCAGCUGAAUGUUUUUAUAUUUUUGCAAAUCUGGUUAUUCAAAAACUAAUGAAUAGCAACCUAAACACCUUAAUUGUUUUGAAUUAAUUCCCUUAAUACAUAACACCAAGAAGUCACUCUGAUGUUAUCAGGAAGUCUUACUAUAGUGAGAGGGUAGUGGAUGCAUGGAAUAGGCUUCCAGCUGAAGUGGUAGAGGUUAACACAGUAAAGGAGUUUAAGCAUGCGUGGGAUAGGCAUAAGGCUAUCCUAGCUAUAGGUUAAGGGCAGGAACUAAUGAAAGUAUUUAGAAAAUUGGGCAGACUAGAUGGCCCAAAUGGUUCUUAUCUUCGGUCACAUUCUAUGUUUCUAUACCUAAAUCUCUUACCCGGUAGCAAUUCCCCAACCCUUCCUUCUUAAUUUAAAAAAAAAAUUGGUUGCCAUUUACUAUUGUUACAGUUUCGCUAUUGCUAUUUACAAAAUAAUUACUCAGAUGCUAUGCUCUCCAUUUGGAAAUAGCAGGGACUCAUUUGUGAAUAGAUUCCUCCAUAUCCAAACCAUAUUUGUGUUUAACUCUUACGAUUCAGUUUGUUUCCUAUGCAGUCCUAACCCUUUUUCCAAGUUUGUAACAUUAUCAAACAUCUCCAUAUUAUUUCACCAAGCCUUUGUACAUUUUGUAUUCAGUUUUAUCCAUAAUGACAUUUGUCUGUUCUUUUCAAGGGUCGUGAAAUCCUGGCUUGUGCUCCUACUGGUUCGGGAAAAACUAUGGCUUUUUCUAUUCCAAUUUUAACACAACUCAAGCAACCAAAGAAUAAGGGAUUCAGAGCAUUGAUCAUAUCCCCUACAAGAGAGCUUGCAAGCCAGGUAUAUUUUAGUUCAACUAACAUUUUACAUUUUAGUUUGUCUCUCGACUUUGUGCAGUUGGCAGUAAUCCUUGCUUAACAUUAUGGAAGGCAUGGUAUAGUUAAGCAUCUCAACUCAUAGUUCACUUUUAUUUCCAUUAACAUCAUCCGUAAUAAUAGCUGCUAAAGCAAUUAUCUUCCGCUCCUCUGGGAUCUUACUGGUUCAAUAAAAAGACGAGUGAAGAUGCAAGUUAGCAUGCAGACAUGCACACUCUUAAGGUUGUAAAUGGCAAUUAUGUUCAGCAGUGCAUAGUAGCAUAGUCACUCUGUUGCCAUAACGGUAAAGGGAUGGUGCUUUCAUUCCUUUUAGUAUACCAACUUGAGAGCUUUAAAAAAGGACAGUAUUUCAUGAUCUAUGAUGUAUAGUGCAUUUGGAUGCCAUUAUUGUUCUGUUUUCUGUUUAUUUAGACUCAUCGAGAACUAAUAAAGCUGUCAGAGGGUAUUGGCUUUAGAAUACACAUGAUUGAUAAAGCUGCUGUCGCUGCAAAGAAGUUUGGUCCAAAAUCAGCUAAAAAAUAUGGUAUGUAUUUUAGGAUCUAAUAUGGAUUACUUGUAAUGAAAAGUUUUUGUUUAUUUUAAUCCUUUGUAUUUCUUUGUAUUUUUGUGUUGCAGAUAUACUUGUGACCACUCCCAAUAGAGUGAUUUAUAUGCUAAAUCAAGAUCCACCUGGCAUAGAUCUAUCCAGGUACUUUUAAAUUCAUCUUUUAUUUAUUUAUAUAUACUAUAUAAUCCUACUUUAUUAUAGUUGAUAUUUAUACAUGGUGUCUGCUACUUAGAACUAAUUAGGAAGUACUUGAGUUAUGUAAAGUUAUUGAUCCUUUCCAACCACAAUAUUAAAUACAUGUAGAAAUUACCAAAACCAGCCAAACAGUCCACAAUAAUCUACAGGUAGAUCAUGGAGAGUGCAUACUUUUUAUAAUAGAAAAUGGUUAACAAUAUGUCAAAAUAUGUGCAGACCUCAUAAGUGACAGUCAAUCCAAAAUCUUCAAGCACAUGUCAAUUAAUGCAGACUCUUUAUUCCUCAGGCGAGUCCAAGGUUAUAAAAUGCAAUAAUACAAAAAGGGUCCUGUGUAAAAGGGGAUUUAACUUUGUUUUCCUUCCAAGUUAUUCCAAAGUGUAAGUUAGGACCAAGGGGAGGUGAUUUACAAAUGGGGAAAAAAGUCUGGGUGAAAACCCAUUGUUUCAAAGCUGUUGUAUACAGCAGACACAUACUCAAAGGAAUCCAUGUAUAAAGUGGAAUUAUGAGGCAAAAUGUGCUUCUUUGUUGAGCUUUGAAACACAAGGGGUUUUCAUCCACACUUUUUUUCCCCACCACAACUCUGUUGGUAUGUACUUUACAAGUAAUGCCAAGCCUCCAUUGCCAGCCAGUAACCAACCUCAUGCUGAUGAGUUGCAUUAACAACAAAACAGCUGUCCAUGAGUGGUUCACUGGCUUUGCUCCUCUUCCUGAGUUGUUUCACAGCUGUUGUAUACAGCAGACACAUACUCCAAGGAAUCCAUGUAUAUAGUCGAAUUGUGAGGCAAAAAUGUGGUUCUUGGUUGAGCUCAUUUGCAUAGGCCUAUGUAUGCAUAUAUAUGUUCAGAUGUAUCUCUAUCUGUCACACAUAUAUACAUAAUGUUUUCCUGUAAGCCAAAAGAAAAACACUAUGGCCAGCAUAAUUAGGGCAGUAAAAUGUUUAAUAGAGUAGGUAAGAUUCCCUCACAGUGCAGUUUUAAAUCUUGUUAUUGUGUGUGUAUACAGCAUAGGUAUACUUUUCCUUAUUUUUGUUCACAAUAUGAAGACUUUUGUAAUUAUCAACUCUGGUUGUUAUUGGUUUAAAGGUAAUCAUAGCAAUGUAUUGAAAAUCAGGCAGGCAGAUAAAAUGUCUUGCUUUUUUGGAGAAAAAAAACUCCAUGUUGAAAUGUUUGCAUGCAAGUAAAGACAAAAACAUAUUAAGAAUAAUUGUACACUAGUAGUAAAAUACUCAUAAUUGAUCUAAAUCCCACAGCUUUGCAGUUAAAGGGACACUGCACUGCCCAGAUAAAAAAAAAUAUAUAAAAUCAUUUUUUUUUAAAUAUAUAUAUAUAUAUAUAUAUAUACACCCCCACUGAAACAUACAUGCAUUUUAUCAUUGCAAGUACAUCUAAAAAUAGCUUAUAAAAGUUCUCUUGUUUGUAGCCUUUGCAAGCCUUCCCCUUCUAACCACGCCCAGACUUUCCGUGGCUGUCCAAUCAGACUCCCCAAUGCAGCUCAAUGAGAAGUCUUUGCAAGGAAGGUGUUCUGAGCAUAUGUCUGCCUCUUGAGUGUAGUUCCACUGAGCUAAACAAACCAGAACCAGGAAGUAACAGAACUAGUAGUCUUCUUGAAAGCCAAGGGGUUGUGACCAGAUACAUUUUUAAAAAUGCCAAUUUCUUUUGAAAUCUGCACAUUAGUAAAAUGGAAAAAAGAGGAUACACAAUACACAAAUAAAGCAUUUUAGCAAGCUUAAAGUGCUUUAGCGAUCCGGAGUGUCCCCUUAAGGAAGCCAAUCAUUAUGUCUUCAUAGUCUUCUAUGGCAAUGUUUCGGAUGGGGAAAACAAAAUAGGAUAGCUAAAAGUUAUACUUCUAUGUUAAUGUUUUAGCAUGUGUUUGUAAAAGAAAAAAAUCAUAGAAAUUUGAAUUUUCUACUUCCUCUGCUCUAGUACCAGGUUGAACUGACCUUACUAGAGAUCUGCUUCUUUCUGUCUACCCCAGUCCACCUGUGGAACGUUGGGGACAUUGCCCAUUUAAAAAAAGGAAAAAAAAAAAAAAUAGUCUGCUACACAACUAUAACUUACUUCCCAGACCAAGGUGUCCUUGUAAAAUUAUUUUAGAAUGUUUUGCUGUCUAGUGGUACAGGAGAAGUUAGGCUUAUUUUAUUUUUUUAUUUUUUUAUUAAUGCCAAAGAAUGAAAGCAGGCAGUACAUCACAUUUUGAUUUACACAUUAUUCAUCAAAAGAAAAGGAAAAAUAAAUCCCUUUCCUUCAACCCCCUUACAAUAGCAGCCUUUAUAAUAUUCAUUAUCAUUAUAAGCAUUCAUAUUAAAACAUUUCCACGUUGCCUUAAUAAUACAUCAGUUUAGUAAAUACAUUCCAUUCUACUUCUAGUUUAGCUUAUACUGAAGUAGCUUACAAUUGUGGUAUACUACUUUAUUAAUCUGUUUUGUUAUUAAUUUAUAGUUUCCUUAACCAAAACAAAAACAAGCACAGACGACAAAAAAAAAAAAAAAAGUUUGUUUUAAUCAGUUAUUACAUUGAUGACAGUCUUUGGUGUAAUUAAUUGUUUCUCUGUAUUUGCUUCUUUCUCUUUUUAGUGUUGAAUGGCUUGUUGUUGAUGAGUCUGACAAACUCUUUGAAGAUGGAAAGAGAGGCUUUAGAGACCAGUUGGCCUCUAUAUUUGUGGCAUGCACAUCCCACCUUGUUAAAAGAGCCAUGUUCAGUGCAACAUUUGCCCAUGAUGUAGAACAGUGGUGCAAACUGCACCUUGACAAUGUGGUUUCAGUAUCUAUUGGGGCAAGGUAAGGAUUAUAUUUUUAGUGUCUUAAUACUCAUAUACCUGUCCAUUUACCCACUUGUUUUUUUUUUCUUUUUUUUUCGCUCUGCCAUUCAAGCGUGGCUACAAUAGUGCAAACAAAUGUGUAUACAUAACAUAACCUCACAAGUGUUGUUGAUGCGUAGUAGAAGAUACAGGGUAACAAAAUUAGUACAAGCAUCUGUCACAAACUGUGCACCUUUGGUGCAUCUCCGCCAGAGUUUUCUUUUACAUUAGUAAUCUGAUAAGGAGAAAGAGAAAGAAAGAUAUAUGGAAGGAAAGAAAUAACUAUGUACAACUGUCGACUUAUUGAGGAGUGUGUUGUGCCCUAGGCUCUCAGGGUGACUGCGAUAGGUGUAUUGCGUUGCCUUGACCAAUACGUCUGUGUGUGGUAUCCCGAGCUUGCCCAGGUAGCUCAGGCAUUGUUCCCUUUCCGUCUGCCCUGUCUCUGCCCCCCACUUUGAUCUGGCAAUCCGUCAGGUACGUAAUCUGGCAGGGUUAGACAGUGUUGAAGUUUUCCUCUCCUCGUGUUUGCUUACAGUGUCUGAGGUAUUUACCAAAGAUAGAAGCAGAUUGAUGAAGAAUAGGUAGAUAUAGGUAAGUAUAGUGUUCAGUAUGUUGUAGUACAGAAAGUUAGUGAUCUCCUGUGAGUCAAGAACCCCGUGCCGCUCACCCCAGUGGGCCGCGGCCCUCGUUCCUGCUUUAGCCAGUCCCCCGUCCUACUGUGGAGCCGCUUCCACCCGUCCGGGUUAUGGUAUGCCAGCGACCGCCGGGUGAGCCUCUGCCAUCGCUGCUGAAUUGUGCCGCACAGAUGCCGCCCCGCGCCCCGAGUCUAUGUGUCAUAUUGCUCCCAUGGUCCCCACACCUUGUGAAAUGUAGUCAGCGUGUUCCGCACUUGGGCCGUGAGUUUAUCCAUCAGAUAAUUAUCGCGGAGUUUCGUCCCAACCAAUGAUAGCUGUGGGAGGUCCGGGCAUGACCAGUGUUGUGCCACGGCCCUGUGGGCCGCUAAGUAUAUCAUGUUAAGGAGUUUUUGUUCGUGUCUCGGGAGGCUCUCCGUGGGUCUGGAUAGAAGGCAUGCCCACGGAUCGAGUGUCAUUCGUUUUUGUAAGAUUUGAGAGCUGAAGUUUACUAUGCUGCGCCAAAAGGCCGCCACCUUUGGGCAUUCCCAUCACAUGUGGAUGUAUGUGCCCCUCCCCCCACAUAGGUGCCAGCAAUCAUCUGUAGGACGCAAUUUCAUGUGUUUUUGCUUCACAGGAGUCAUGUACCAACGGAAUAGCGUUUUGUAUGAUUGUUCUUGGAGUGUUACGCAGAUAGUGGUUUUGGUGCAUGCCUCCCAGAUGUCCUGCCACUCCGUUCCCUCUAGGGCCUCCCCCAGGUCGGCUUCCCACUGGUCAGCGUAUCGGAGUGCGUCUGUCGUUUCCGGGGCCGUGUUGAGGUGGUUGUACAGUAAAGUAAUUAGCUUGGAUUGUGUAGUCUCCGUAAAACAGAGUUUCUCAAAAAAGGUUAGAGGUGUCAGGGCUGCCUUUUUUACGUCAGGGCUCUGUGCAAAGUCUCGAAUUUGCAAGUACCUGAAAUAGUCUCUAGUGUGCAGUGGAGCUUUGGUGUUCAGGUGUGCGUAUGUGACUAUUUCCUGGUUUAUGAAUAGGUGGACGUAUCUCUGGAGCCCAGUGGCCUCUAUCCCUUUGUAGUCCCGGGCUCUCAUUCCCGGUGGGAAUGCCCUAUUCCGGAAGACCGGUGUCAUGGGAGAUAGAGGGGGGCUCAAGGAGUAUUUCAGUUUAGUUUGGUCCCAUAUCCGUAUGGAGUUCAAUAUAGCCGGAUUCGUGGUUCUCAGUAUGGCCCUUUGUGUUUUUGGUGCCCAUAUAAAAAAUUGUGGGAGGUCCUGUCUCGUCAUUAGCGACUCCAUGUCGACCCAGCGUCGCGUAUCAGGGGGUGUGUGCCAUUGUAUGAUCUGGGCUAACUGGGCCGCUAGAUAAUAAUUAUAUACAUUAGGUAGUCCCAGUCCCCCCCUGGCUUUCGGUCUGUACAUGAGUGUGCGAGCCAUUCUCGGGCGCUUGUUGUGCCAGAUGAAGGAGUCUAUUGCCCGCUGUAUACCCGUCAGGUCCCCCCGGGUCACCUGUACCGGGAGUGCCUGAAAAAGGAACAGGAGCCUCGGCAACACAUUCAUUUUUAUUGUGUUGACCCGUCCCAGCCAUGAGAUGGGCCUGUGUGUCCACUGCUCCAUUUCCGUGAUAAGGGUCCGAAGCAGUGGUGUAUAAUUGCGGGCAUAGAGCGACGAUGUGGUUGCCGUUAGGCGGACCCCUAGGUACAGGAGUUCCUCCGUGGCUAUCUUUAAGUGGUAUUGUUUGCGUAUAUGUUCUACGUCUUGGUGCGGCAUGUGGAAGGGCAUUGCUACCGACUUGGAGUAAUUAAUUUUAUAGCCUGCGAUAUUCCCAAAUUUUGCUAAGAGUUGUGUCAGGUGGUGUAGGGAGUCCAGCGGAUCCCGGAAUGUUAGCAUAACGUCAUCAGCAUACGCCGAGACUGUGAAGGAUGUGCCGCUCACCUCCAUGCCCUGAAUGUGUGGAUGUUGCCUGAUUGCUUGUAAUAGUGGCUCCAGGGUUAGGGCGAAGAGCAAAGGGGACAACGGGCAUCCCUGUCUAGUGCCGUUGCUAAGGGUGAAAGGCUGUUUAGGCGCCCCUGUGAUAAGUGUUUGUGCCCUCAGGUCUGUAUAGAGUGCCUGUAUUGCCGUCACCAAGGGCUCUGGGAACCCCUGGAACCGGAGCAGCUCGAAGAGGUAAGGCCAUAGCACCCUGUCAAACGCCUUCUCCGCGUCUAAAGAGAGCGCUAGAGAAGGCGUCUUGGACUCCGCCAUGUGCCACAUGGCAUUUACCCCCCGUCUGGUGUUCUCGUACAGUUGGCGUCCGGUCAUAAAGCCUACCUGGUCCGGGUGGAUUAAGCGUGGGAGUAGGGAGGAGAGCCUGGAUGCCAGUAUUUUAGCAAAGACUUUGAGGUCCGUAUUGAUAAGUGAAAUUGGCCUAUAGCUGGAGGCUAGUGUGUCAUCCUUAUCUGGUUUUGGCUGUAGUACUACAUUCGCCGUUGCCAUGCCCCCGUCAGGUCCCCCGCCCUGCAUAAAGUGGUUACAAAGGGCCGUGAGGGGAGGGGCUAGUACCUCCUUGAGUUGUUUGUAGUAGUUAACAUCAUAUCCGUCUGGGCCCGGGGCCUUGUUUCCCUUGAGGGAUGCUAUGGCUGAUUCUACCUCUGUUUGUGUAAUCGGUUCACUUAGGGAACCUGCUUCUGCCUCGCUCACUUUGGGCAGCGUGAGGUCUGCAAGGAAUCGUUGUAUGUCGGCCCUAUAGGUGGUGUUAUUGGCGUGUAGGUGGGGGGAGUGAUUGUAGAGGUUGGAGAAAUAGGAGGUGAAAACUUCGUUAAUGGCCUCAGGGGUCUCAACUAGCAUGCCGGUGGCCGUGCGUAUUUUCGUGAUGACCUUUCCCUGUGGUCUCGGGCGGAGCACCCUUGCUAGCAGUGUGUCUGUUUUAUUUGCUUUCUCGUAGUAGAGCCGUUUUGACCAUUGUAUGGAGCGUGCCACCGCUUCCAGAGAUAUGUCCCUAAUAGAGUGUCUGAGUGUGUUCAGUUCCCUAAGCUUGGAGUCUGUCGGGUUAGUUUUGUGUUGCUGCUCCGCCUUCCGUAGAGCGGACUGUAAUUCGAGGAGCUUUUUAAUUUUUUCUCGCUUUUUAUGCGUUGCAAGUUUUAUAAAGUGCCCGCGUAUGACCGCCUUGUGUGCUGCCCAGACCAUGGUGGGAUUGGUGUCAGGUGUUGCGUUUAGUGCAAAGUAUUCUGUGAUAGCCUGUCGGGUGGUCUCUAGGGUUUCGGCGUCUCUAAGAAGACUAGUAUUAAGCUUCCACGACCAGUUGGACUGGUAGCGCAGGUUGCCUAGGGUCAGCGUUACGUCCGCGUGGUCUGACCACGUUAUGCUACUGAUGUCUGUGUGUAUGGCCUUAUCCAUUCCCACCCCGUUCAGGAAAAUGUUAUCUAUUCUGGAGUAGGUGUUGUGUGGCGCGGAAUAAAACGUAUAGUCGGAUGUGGUCGGGUGCUGUAGUCGCCAUACAUCUAGUAGGCCCGUGUGUAUCAAAAAUGUGUGUAAGAGUUUGUCUUGACCCCCUCUACCCUGAGACCUCACGGUGCCCGGUUUUGAGCUUCUAUCCGCUGCUGGGCUUGGUACUGCGUUAAAGUCGCCCCCCACCAGCAGAACCCCCCCCUGGCCCCGGUCACCAGUACCUCUAGGCUCUCCCAGAACUGCCUGUCCGGCUCGUUGGGUGCGUAAACAUUGAUAAUAUGUAUUUUUGUGGUGUAGAGGGUGCCUCCUAUAUAUAAAAAUCUCCCCUCCGGGUCAGUCUGGGUAGUAGUGAUUUGUAGCGGGCAGUUUUUAUGGACGAGGAUCGCCACCCCCGUUCGCUUACGGAGGGAGCGAGCCUCAUGCACUGUCGAGUAGGUCCUGUCAGUCAGUUUAGUGGGCGCCAACCUGGGGAGGUGUGUCUCCUGUAUCAGUGCGAUAUCUAUUUUUUUGGCCUUUAAGUCUCUCACUAGUAGUCUCCGUUUGGUUGGGGAGUUGAGGCCCUUGACAUUUAACGAAAGUACCUUAAGAGCCAUGUGGGGAGGUCGGCUGUGUUGCUGGUAGUGCCGGCGCUCUUGGUGUCCGGAGACUGUAGUGCGUGCUGUGUGAGGGGCCUGGCCCGAGGGCUACACCCGUCGACGCUGGCGGCAUCCAUACGGCACAAUGGAAUUGGAGAUCAGUACUUGUCAGUGAAAAGAGUGAGGAAAAAGAAACAUAAGUAACAAAGAACCAUUUCAAGAUACAUACAAAUAAACAUGAAAAGUAAACAGAAAGUGAUAAUCUGGUCUUAACCUGUGCCAGAUUGAAUUGGGGGUGGUCGCCCCUCCCGAGUGAUGUAUGAAAAAGCACCUCUCGGGGUUGGUGAUCUCCCAUCGCCCCUCCACUGUGGUGCUGUAAGCAGCCAGCUGCCACAUAACCCCUGUCUGCUGGUUUGUCCCCCGUAAAGCGAGGUGUGCUUGCCAUUGUCCUCCCUUGGGUUGCUUGGUGUGUGUGCCUUUCACCCUUGCUGUGUGUUAUUUUUGUCCUCCUUUCCUUCGUUUAUGUGGGAGUCCUCCCCGCCUGUCAUUCGUAAUGACUGUGUGUCAAUCCUCCCCUGCCCGCCCCCUCCAUCCCCCCCCUAUCUGACCAGUGCGCUAGAGCAUGUGCGUGCCCGUCGAAGGGUGCCUUGUCUGUGAUGUGCCUUUUUUUUUUUUUUUACUUUUUCUUUUCCCUCCCCUCCCCUUUCUCUGGAAUGUGGUAGUUCGUGAGUCAUAUCUCCCACAAGUUGGUCCACGGUGUAUAAGUUUCAGCUGCGUAACCCAGAUAUCAGUGGCAGUACCCAGAGUGGUGUGUGUGUGCCCCCAACUAAUGUUACACCAGGUGUAGUGUCCCAAGGUCAACUUAGCUGUCCCAUGCGGCUAUCAUGCCACCAGAGUCACUGUAAGUGCCCCUCGUGGGCCAGUCAGGUCUGCGUGGUGCCUGCAUCCUCCUGGGCUGCCGUUGCUGCGACUGUAUACCAGUCCCUUGGGAGAGGUGUUAGGGUCCGCCGAACGGGUCCAGGUAAGGCGAAGGUUCUCGGGGGUGUGAUGUCCAGGUCACGUAGAAAUUUCCGUGGGUCCCCUCCUGGUGAGUAUGUGAGUGUUCUUCCCGCUUUGAAAGCUACUAUUUUAAACGGGUGUCCCCAUGUGAAUCGGAUUUCGUGUUGUCGCAGAAGAUCCGUCAGCGGUCUCCAUUCCCGUCGUCUUUGAAGCGUGCUUGGUGCAAGAUCUUGAUAGAGAGAGAUGGGCUUGCCUUUGUAUGUUAAGUCGUGGUUUCUGUUGUACCGCAGAAUAGCUUCCUUAGUGGUAUAGUGGUGGAAGCAAACUAUUAUAUCUCUCUGGGUGUCAUUGUCCCCCCGCCGGGCGCGCAGGGCCCUGUGCGCCCGGUCCAUGGCCCACUGGGCUUUGGGGAUGUCUGGGAGUAGGCCGCUAAAAUAUGCUUCCACUAGCGCUGCCAGAGGGCCUUCAUUGGGCGUUUCGGGCCAUCCCCUGAUGCGCAGAUUGUUCCGCCUGGUGCGGUUGGACAAGUCUUCAACCUGCAUUUUCAGGUCUAUAAUGUGGUGGUCUAGGGAGGUGGAGUGCUGUAUCACAGCAUUGUGGCCCUGAACCAGUACCUCCAUCCUCUGCUCCAGUUUUGAGGUGCGGUGCCCAGGGCCUGGAUCUCAGCUUUGAUAUCAUGUGUGCUGCGUGUGAUUUCACUUGCCAGGUAUGUUUUGACCUCUGCAAGCCUUUGCAGGAUUUGUUCUGUGCUGCCUCCGUCUGACUCCUGUUGCUCCCGGUCCGUUGGGGAUUGGGAGCCUCGCGCGCCCGUCCGGCGGCCAUCUUGUGCGGCCUGUGUUGGUCGCGAGGCCGCGAACAUGUCGGCCACUGAGGGGGGGAAAUCCAGCGCUUCCCCGCGUUUCUUCCGGCGUGGAGUGGCUCCGGUGCUCGGGUGGGGCAUAGGGAAGGUAGGUGCUGGCUGCGGUGCUGGUUGCCGGUGCGGAAUUGUGUGUGGGUGAGCGGGAGCUCGCUCGUUAGGCUGCCAUUCUAGUCGGCUGCCAGGCCACGCCCCCCUACCCACUUGUUUUUAUUUUACAAAAUUGUCAUCCACUGAAAAGGUAAAUCUUAAUUUCUGGAGUGACCAAUAGUAUAAAUAGAAAUGUGCUAUCACAAAAGAGUCAGAAACUCUUAAUCGGUUUUAAACACUAAUAUUUUUGUUUUAUAGGGUGCAGCUAAUGAAGGCAAUGUUAUCUUAUAAAAUUAUCAAAUGUAUAAAAAUAACUUUUUUGCAUCUGUUAAGGUAGUAACCUAGUUUCCUUCGCUACCUCAAGCACCCAUCUAGAACUACAAAACCAUAUAUGAAAUGAUGGAGCCGGUCUAGUUUACUGUAAUAUGCCUGGGUGUUGGUUCCUUUAAUGAAGAAAAUCCCUUUUCUUUCCUUUUUUACAAAUAGCUGCCUAUAGCUGCAGUGGUUUGCAAAAAAUAAAUAUAUAAACGCUACAGCGAUAUAUAGACUACGCCUUGUCUCUGUGAUGUCAAGGGGGAAAAAUUAUACUGCAUCUAGAAAGACUUGUCUUUACCCGUCUGACUUGCUUCCUCAAUUCCAACUCUCUAAUUGACCAUCUUCAAUCUCGCUUCUGCCCCCUCCACUCUGAGACUGCUCUUAUCAAAUUUACUAAUGACCUAAGCACAGCUAAAUCUAAUGGCCACUACUCCAUAUUUAUUCUACUUGACCCCUCUGCUGCCUUUGACAUAGUUGACCAUGUUCUCCUUCUCUAAACUCUUCACUCUCUCUGUGAUACUGUCCACUCUCUGUUUUCCUCCCAUCUCUCUCAAGGCUCAUUCAGUUUCUCCUUUUCUAAUGAUAUCUCCUCUCUUCGUCCUGUCUCUGUUGGAGUCCCCCAAUGCUCUGUACUUGGUUCCUUCUAUUUUCUCUUUAUACUGCUUCUCUUGGCAAACUUAUUACCUCAUUUGGAUUUCAAUACCACCUGUACGCUGAUGACUCCCAGAUAUACCUCUCCCCUGUCAUCCUGCAAUGUGUCACUGCUUGCCUUUCUUUCAUCUCUGAUUGGAUGUCCUCCUGCUUUUUGAAACUUAAUCUCUCCAAAACUGAACUCCUUGUCUUUCCUUCUCCUAAUACUGAUCCCCCUCUUUCGCUCUCCCUUCAUGGUACCCACAUCAGUCUAUCCUUGCAAGUGCGCUGUCUUGGUCUUAUACUUGAUUCUGGCCUCACAUCCAGUCUGUUACCAAAUGCUGUAGAUUCCACCUUAAAACAUAGCCUGCAUCCGCACCUUUCUUACACAAGAUGCUACUAAGGAGCUUGUCCAUGCCAUAGUAAUUUCUCGCAUGGAUUACUGUAACUCGCUCCUAAUAGUUCUUCCCACAAGUCGUAUUUCCCUGCUACAGUCUGUAAUCAAUGCUGCAGUUAGACUGUUUUUUCUUUCCUGUUGCUCCUCUCACACCUCACCCCUCUCCCCUCUGUCAGUCCUUACAAUGGCUUCCUGUAUCCUAUAGGAGUUAAUUCAAAGUACUAACCCAUACAUAUAACAAGCAUUGAACAAUUCUAGCCCCUCUUAUAUUGCUUCACAGAUCCAUGGGUAUGCCCCUUCUCGGUCUCUCUGCUCUGCCCAUGAACACCUCCUGUCUGAUGCUUGCACACGUACAGCCAACUCACGCUUGCAGGACUUUUCAUGGGUGGCUUCUUUCCUUUGGAAUAGCCUGCCUACGACCAUCAAGCUCUCCCCUAGUCUUCAGUCGUUUAAAAAGUGCCUCAAAACCCAUCUCUUUAGGAAAGCUUAUGGCCUCCCAGAGUAACCUCUACCUCACGUGCCUGUUUCUUGCUCUCUCCUAAAGGGCAACACUCUAUUCUCUCCUCCAGCUCUGCUUCACUCCACCUUGUUUGAUUGCUACCUCCUGUCCUGUUGUGUCUUAUACCCCACCUCCUAUAGACUGUAAGCUCGUUUGAGCAGGGUCCUCUUCAACCUAUCGUUCCUGUAAGUUUUUGUAAUUCUCAUUUAUUGUUAAAUCUCCCCCUUUGAUAAUAUUGUGAAGCGCUAUGGAAUAUGCUGGCGCUAUAUAAAUACCAGUAAUAAUAAAAAUAAUAAUUUGGCUUUACAAAUGUUUGUGUGGUGUACACACUCCAUACAAUUCUUUGCCUACUUUCUGUGGCUUUGUAUCAGGGUUAUUCAUUAUUUUAAAUUAGAAUUCAAGUUGAAUAUCAAAUUGAAUGUGAACGUAGCUUAACUGGAAGCAAAGCUGGCUCUCCCCCUCGAAACACUCCUGUUUGGCUAUAUUGGAUCUAACUUUGAAAUUCACUCUGAAUUCUCACUUUAGUGAAUAAUCCUGCAAGACAGCUCGAGUUGCGCCCAAGCAUAUGCACAGUUGAGUGAAUGAUGAGCACUGCCCUAUUUACAAAAAAAUAUGACUAAUAUCCUCUUACUCAUCCUUGAUUUUUGGAUAUGCUUUUUAAAUGUAUUAUUUUGGAAUAAAAUUUUAAAAUGAUUAAGUAUAUUAAAAAUAUUGAAAUGUAUUAUUUUAUAUCUUGAAACAUUUUUUUUAAAUGUUCAUCCAAAUAUAUUUGCUGCUAGGUGCUGAGAAACCUAUAACCUAAACCCUCGAAGUUCCUGGUGAAGUCUCUUCUUGAUCUGGAAGGGGACUGCUAUAUAUUUUUAUUUUUUUUAUUUUGUACGCUGUAUUUUUCUAAAUUUGUUGUGGUGUGUGUGUGUGUGUGUAUAUAUGUAUAUGUGUGUGUGUGUGUGUGUGUAUAUUUAUGUAUAUAACACAAAUGUUGUUUUGUUUUUUUUAGUCAGGAGAAAGUUUUGUUAAAAAUAGGAGGUAUUGCUAAGGUAACAGGGUUAUUUAAACUAAAUAGAGAUGAUUUGCGUUGUUUGGUGCUUUUAGUCCUUUCAAGACGGCUUUCUUUUUUUUUUCUCAACUUCAAACUUCACAUUAUGUGUAGAAUCUGAUACUUCUAGAAAGAGCAUUACCAUUUAAAUUAACUCCAUGAGUAUCAUCACAAGAAACUUACGUUGAAAAAUCCAAACGUUUAAGAAAUGUUUGUAAUGUAAUUUUUAUGUUUUGUGUUUAUAUAUAGAAACUCUGCAGCAGACACAGUGGAACAGUCACUUUUGUUUGUUGGAUCUGAGACGGGCAAAUUAUUGGCUAUGAGAGAUCUCAUAAAAAAGGUGUGUAUUUAAUUUUCUUUUUUUAUUAUUAAAUGCAGAAUACUGUCCUUGACACAGUAAGACAUAGCUUACAUUAUAAUCCAGAGUUCACUUAUUGAUAAUAUAAUUGUAUCUAUAUGUACAUUUCCAGUAGAUGAAAAUGCUAAAUGGGCAGCCUGAGCACCAAAACCCCCUUAUCGUAAAGAAAUUAUUUUGGGGCACAAAUACUGUCCCUGCAGACUUGUAAAUGAAAACCGUAUAAUUUGUAAGGAACUGUACCAUUUACAUUUUGCCAAUUCCAUGCCUACUAGGGGCUCCAGACACCAUUAGAUUCAGUAAGUUCAUCUAGUUUGCAAUCUGGCAUCAGCUUGCAUAGUGCUCUCUAUGGAUUCAAAUCUUCUCAUAGAGAAGUAUUUGGCAAAUUGAAGUAUUUGCCACACGUCCUGUGUGUUCUCUGUGAUGCAUCUGAUUCGUCAGCAGUUAUCAGGAUUGAUGAGGAGAGGAGCAUUGGGCUUAGAGGAGUAAUUUUUUUAUUUUAUUUUUGUGUGUGUUCCUUUAAGACAUAUGUGGUGAAAGUAACCUCGCCACAGGCUUUUGGAGGGGCCUGCUAGCCAGCCUCCUACAUCAGGACUAUGGCCUCUGUAAUAGACCUUGGUGCAGGACUGGAAAAAAUCCUUAACCUCUAAAGGACACAUGACAUGUGUGACAUGUAUUAAUUCCCUUUUAUUCCAGAAGUUUGGUCCUUAAGGGGUUAAGGAUUACUAGGAAUCGGUGAUUGGCGGAGGCACCCAGUCGAGGUGCCAGGCAGUCCGCCACAACAUAAUUUUCAUGCUAUAUGACUGUUUACAUGGAUUAUAGUUUCAAAACAUUUUACCGUUAGUGGAUUUUACAUAUAUAUUCAAAGGAAAGCCCCAUAGUGGUUAGGUUGUCAUAAAUUUUAUUGUUGUUCCCUCCAUUCUUUUUUUUUUUUAGUCAAGUGCUCCAAAUUUAUAGUUAAACCUAUUAUAAUCACUCAGUUUCUCUAUUCAUUAUGCCACCUCGAUAAACUUUUUCUUCUGUGAUAGUCUUCAUGGGGCUUCUUUUCUCCUUAAAGGGACACUCUAAGGACUAAAACCACUAUCGCUUAGUGGCCUUAAUGCCUAGCUGCUGUCCAUGCCUGAUUGUUGUAAAACGUAAUUUUAAUUUGUCAAUUUGUGUGCCUCUACUGUCUGUCAGUCACGUAUUUCCAACACCUACCAGUGAAAAAAUAUAAAGCCUGCACAUUUGUCGUGGUGACACUGAACAAAAAUACGCUGUGCAGCCCUGCUGUGAGAUUGAGCACCGGGAGCUUGCGGCCUACUCGACUCAGGGGUGAGGUGGACGUCCGCCAUCUUGCUUACUCACCAACUAACUGUCUCCCCGGUUCCGUUUCCCCCCAAACACUUUGGACCGUGGGGCUUAUCCCGGUCCCCACUGGCUCGAUGCACGCACCUCUGCAGGAUCGUGCAGUAUAUCAUCUUCUGUGUAACACAGCAGAAUGUCCUGCUAAGAUGGCAGGCGUGCCUCCAAUAUCGGUACAUACUGCUACGCAGUUCAUUACCGGAUAUUUCAACGCUUCUGGACGAAGCUAGUGAAACGUAGGUUUCCAACAUUAACCCACUUGAGAGAGAGGAGAAGUGUACCAGUGGUGGGGGGCUGAGACUGCCUCUUUCGGGCAAAGCCUCUCCUACACUAACUACCCAUGCAGGCCGUGUACCUAGGCUGAGGGUCCUGAGGAGAUUACUUCACAGCGUCGACCACCCCGCUGUAACACCUGCACCUUCCACUGUGCCCUUUAUGGCAAUGCCUCGACCUCAGAGUAUUUGAGUAAGUGAUAUACAGAUGCCACCCUCUACACAGGCCUGGUGCUGGAGGAGAAUCGUGUCCUGUCUGCACUGCUCUGGUACCCUCUGUCUCCCUGCCACGUAUGGGCAUUGGCUGACUGUAACGGACUUGAGGAUUUAAAGUUCAUCAAGAGAGUCAAUGUUAAGAGUGAUUAUUUGUGUAUGUUAGCUCUUUGUUUUACAUGUGAGUGACACUCUUUAGGUAACCACAGAGUCUUAAAAUCGACCUCUCCAAAUAUCAGUUGGAUCCAUCACAGGCUACAUAACCAUGAAUGCACAAACUCAUGAUAACCUAGCACAUUGUGUAAUUACUAUUUCACCAGUGCUUUAUUACUUCCUGUUGCAACCUAUCUUGUAGUUAUUUGCUAUUAUUUAGUCAAUCGCUCCAUGUCUACCUAGUCCUGCUCAUUUAAAAGACAUGUAUGUCUCAAAAGAGACCUAUGUCCAUCAAGUUCAGCCUUUCUCACAUCUGUUUUUGCUGUAAACUUGAAAGAAGGCAAAAACAUCCAGUUUUAAGUUCUCUCCAAUUUUGUAAAAUCCUUCUCGACCCCAGAAUGACAUAGAUUGUCCCUCUUCAGCUAAACUAAUAAUGUCAACAUAUCCGAACUCUUUUGCUACCUGAAACACUAGGACUAACAUUCUUUUUUUUACUCUGGACUGUCACAGUGAAGCAUUGUAUUCAAUGUUCAAAGUUUUUUAUUUUAUGUUUUCUUCCAGGGAUUCAGUCCUCCGGUUCUGGUAUUUGUGCAGUCCAUAGAUCGAGCCAAGGAACUGUUUCAUGAACUUAUUUAUGAAGGAAUGAAUGUGGAUGUCAUUCAUGCAGACAAAACCCAGCAACAGGUAUUUCAUUCCACCGGGUCUAUUUGUGUGUAUAGCAGUGGGGAAGUACUUUUACUGCUUAUAGGUUGUAAACGAAAUAAUUCAGCUCAGUUUGCAGGACAAAGUAACUCUAAAAUGAAAUUAAAUUGUUAGCUGUUUUAACAGGAGUGCUAUGAGCAAAGCAUGAAUUAAAAAGGCUUUGUAAAUCCAUAAACCUACUGAAACAUUAAUAGUGUUGAGUUUCUUACAGAAUGUUAUGGACCCAUUUUAGUUUUGCAACUAGGGGCCCCACUGAAAUGAGUGAAGUGAAUGUUCCAAACACUCUAAUUUGUUGUCAGAUAAGUUAUGUGUUCAGCUACUGUUAGCAAUGUACCCCAGAUAUUGCUGAAUGCUUCACACAUCUCAGAAAAGAUACAACUUGAUAAUUAGCUUUGCUCAUAGGAUGAAAACCUCAAACUGUUUUGACCUCUAGUCUUGUCCCCAACUUGGAUUUUGCCAUGUAUUUGUGUUAAAACAAGAGAUUGACAAAUGUGUUUCUUCCUUGUAAGAGCACCAUAAUUGUAUUCUACAGAAUAUGGUUGAAUUUAUUUGGCAAAUACUUGGUCUAUACUUAAAAUACUCCCAGUGACAUAUUAUGACAUGCACUUUUUAGUUGCCUACCAACCAUCUUCUGCCAAACAAUUUAAAGAAUCAAUAUAGGGUCAGGAACGUAUUCCUGAUCCUAUAGUGCUAAACGCACUAUUUAGGUUGCUUGCCUUACCCUCCUUACAAGCAAUAAAAACUCACCCUAUUUAAAGCGCUGUGCAAGUCUGCCAGGGCUGGCCACUCCACUUUGGUGUAAUUAUCAAAAUUGCAGAAAUUGGAUUGGCUAUAAUCGACAUAGGGGCAGGGCCUUUUUCUCUGAAAAGGCAGUGUUUGCAUACGUAUCGGGUAUAUCCGUCAAAAAACGGUCCUUAAGGACCGCGCACGUACCUGAUAUGUCCGCGGCGAAUUAGAGCUUUAACAGUAUUGCAGACAGUCCCCCUGCUGGUGAAAAAAAUGAAGUUAAUAAAUUUAAAAAAAUAUAUAUGUAUUAUUGAGAUAUAUAUAUAUAUAUAUAUAUAUAUAUAUAUAUAUAUAUAUAUAUAUAUAUAUAUAUAUAUAUAUAUAUAUAUAUAUAUAUAUAUAUAUAUGUUAUAAAUAACGUCCUACUAAGUGUAUUUUUUUUUGUUUAUUAAUAUAUACAUCACCCGAUGGUGUUCGAGCAGGUGGGUGCAGCUCAUGCUGUAGCCUGUGCUCUAGUUUUUACCAGAAGUCGACAAAGAUUUUAUCCAGCCUGGUCAUGGUAUCGAGCAGAGUUACGCUGUCUAUGCACACGAUGUUUGCCAUCGCAUGAUACCUCUAAUAUCAAAGAAUAACGUACAAUAAAGAGCAAUCUAGAUAAUAAACUCAAACACCUGAGUGGAAUCCCCUAAACCACCUCUAUAAAAUAAACAUAUACAUACAUAAGGUGGAGCUAUAAGGCUGGAAUACAAUAUGAAUCUGCAAGUAUACAGAAAUAAAAGAAAAUAGUGCAAUAUUGCCAGGACAGGUAAUAUAUGGAUCAGUAAUGAUUAGAAUGUGACUCAAAAGCGUAGAGCCAUUAAAAACAUAUGGCUCAGGUGGUAAGCACAUAUGGACAGUUGGUAGGAUGUCCAACUCCUUAUCCUGCUGAUCCUAUGUGUAUGGUCCUGUUGAUGAAACACAGUGAGUAACCAAGAGCUUUGUCCAAAGUGUCCUUUAUUAAAUGUAGGUGAUAAAAUCACAAGAGUAAAUACAUAAAAAGUAUAUAAAGACCAAAUGAUCCAAAGGUAUUCUAUUGACUAAAAAGUCCAAUGGUUCAUCCAAUAAUCCAAAAUGCUUUCCGCCUUGAUGGAGAGGCUUCUUCCGUUGGUUGUGUUUCUGUUCCGGGUCUUCCUCUCUUUAAAUUAGCCGCUUCGUCAUUAGUUCCGGUUCGUCAUUUCCAGCAUAUUUCUCUAAUGCGCAUGUCCAUUUGCAACCGUUUCUAUAGCCGGAAGGGGAAGUUCUUCAACCUUCCUUAUUUUGAUUCGUGGAAUGCAACCUAAUCUUGCGUUCCACUUCAAUAUCCACAUGUAUUAAAGUCCUCGAGAAAUCCUCAUCAUUAAUACCUUAUAAAAGAUCGGUAGAAUCAUACCAUUUAAUGAAUAUAACAUACAGGGAGUGCAGAAUUAUUAGGCAAGUUGUAUUUUUGAGGAUUAAUUUUAUUAUUGAACAACAACCAUGUUCUCAAUGAACCCAAAAAACUCAUUAAUAUCAAAGCUGAAUAUUUUUGGAAGUAGUUUUAGUUUGUUUUUAGUUUUAGCUAUGUUAGGGGGAUAUCUGUGUGUGCAGGUGACUAUUACUGUGCAUAAUUAUUAGGCAACUUAACAAAAAACAAAUAUAUACCCAUUUCAAUUAUUUAUUACCAGUGAAACCAAUAUAACAUCUCAACAUUCACAAAUAUACAUUUCUGACAUUCAAAAACAAAAACAAAUCAGUGACCAAUAUAGCCACCUUUCUUUGCAAGGACACUCAAAAGCCUGCCAUCCAUGGAUUCUGUCAGUGUUUUGAUCUGUUCACCAUCAACAUUGCGUGCAGCAGCAACCACAGCCUCCCAGACACUGUUCAGAGAGGUGUACUGUUUUCCCUCCUUGUAAAUCUCACAUUUGAUGAUGGACCACAGGUUCUCAAUGGGGUUCAGAUCAGGUGAACAAGGAGGCCAUGUCAUUAGAUUUUCUUCUUUUAUACCCUUUCUUGCCAGCCACGCUGUGGAGUACUUGGACGCGUGUGAUGGAGCAUUGUCCUGCAUGAAAAUCAUGUUUUUCUUGAAGGAUGCAGACUUCUUCCUGUACCACUGCUUGAAGAAGGUGUCUUCCGGAACUGGCAGUAGGACUGGGAGUUGAGCUUGACUCCAUCCUCAACCCGAAAAGGCCCCACAAGCUCAUCUUUGAUGAUACCAGCCCAAACCAGUACUCCACCUCCACCUUGCUGGCGUCUGAGUCGGACUGGAGCUCUCUGCCCUUUACCAAUCCAGCCACGGGCCCAUCCAUCUGGCCCAUCAAGACUCACUCUCAUUUCAUCAGUCCAUAAAACCUUAGAAAAAUCAGUCUUGAGAUAUUUCUUGGCCCAGUCUUGACGUUUCAGCUUGUGUGUCUUGUUCAGUGGUGGUCGUCUUUCAGCCUUUCUUACCUUGGCCAUGUCUCUGAGUAUUGCACACCUUGUGCUUUUGGGCACUCCAGUGAUGUUGCAGCUCUGAAAUAUGGCCAAACUGGUGGCAAGUGGCAUCGUGGCAGCUGCACGCUUGACUUUUCUCAGUUCAUGGGCAGUUAUUUUGCGCCUUGGUUUUUCCACACGCUUCUUGCGACCCUGUUGACUAUUUUGAAUGAAACGCUUGAUUGUUCGAUGAUCACGCUUCAGAAGCUUUGCAAUUUUAAGAGUGCUGCAUCCCUCUGCAAGAUAUCUCACUAUUUUUGACUUUUCUGAGCCUGUCAAGUCCUUCUUUUGACCCAUUUUGCCAAAGGAAAGGAAGUUGCCUAAUAAUUAUGCACACCUGAUAUAGGGUGUUGAUGUCAUUAGACCACACCCCUUCUCAUUACAGAGAUGCACAUCACCUAAUAUGCUUAAUUGGUAGUAGGCUUUCGAGCCUAUACAGCUUGGAUUAAGACAACAUGCAUAAAGAGGAUGAUGUGGUCAAAAUACUCAUUUGCCUAAUAAUUCUGCACUCCCUGUAUACAUCAUAAAUAUUGCUUUAAAAAAUAAAAAAAGGACAAUAUCCAUUACAAUCUCCAUUACAAUCUCACCAAUCUUACGAUCACACAAUAUAAUAAAUUAAGAUCUUAAAAAUAAAAAGCAUAUACGGUAUAAAUUCCCAGUAAAAAAAGGAGACAAUACUUGAUAAAAUUCCAUCCAAAGAAUGGAAAGUGGAUAAACAAGAAGGAAUAUUGCAUGUAUUAUUUUUAAACUUUGUUUUUGUCAUGACUGAAAGUUAUGGUACGUUAGUAAGGUUGUGGCUUGUGCAAAAGCCAAAAGGUUUCAUAUAACAACAAUACAUUGAUACAGAAAGCCAAAAUAAACUUAUUAGGUAAUUCAUGUUGUCAAAACAACCUCUCUUCGCCUGUUAGUGUUCCGUCAUGGAUUUUGUGUGUUAGUUUCCGCUGAACAAAACUGUGCUUUUAAACUGUAACAUAGUAGAACAAAAGAUAAUAAUCUUCUGAACUAAAUCUUUGCGAGAGUUCUCUACCCUAUGUGUUUCUGCGUCUCUUGCCUGCUUAGUUGCUGCUUCCCAUUCGUUUGGUUUCGUGUACCGUUAGGUGGUAUAGUGCUGUUGGGGCCUCAUUGCUUGUCGAACCAGGAUGUCGUCUGGUCCUCCUGCUUUUUAAAUUCUUUGCUCCUGUAUAUAUUAUUUUUGGUCUUGAUGGAAAAAUCGUCUUAAGAAUCAGAUCUUCCUGUAGGAUAUGCCAGUAUUUACGGAGUAUCCUACAUAUCAUCCGUUUUCAAUGUUUCUUUUUUCUUAUGUUGUUAGGUUAAGGUUUUUUUCUUGGAAUAGAUUUUCACUUCCUCUAAAAUUAAUUGUAGCAUCCUCAUCGUAUCCCUUUUCCAAGAAUUGUUUUUAAAUCAUAUCUGCUUGUAUCAUAUAGUUAUGAUCAUCCGAGCAGUUGCGCCUUAUUCUUAAAAAUUGUCCUCUGGGUGCAUUUGUUAGCCAAGUGGUAUAGUGGCAGCUUUUUUUCCCUCAAUGUACCUCUUGGCAUCAACUAUUUUAAAGACAUGUUUGUUAUACAGGAUUCUUGAAUACUAAUGCUGGGGUUCAAAAAGUUUUAUUUCUGAAGUGCUGUGUCGCAAGGAUAAAGUUAAAUUCCAUUCAUUGUCCCUUGUACAUGAAAAGUUCUUCCCAAUAGGUCAUAAAUAAAUUGGCAUAACCAGGGGUGAAUUUGGUGCCCUUGGCCGUUCCGCAGAUUUGAAGAUAAAUAAUUUCUUUUGGUUUUGAAAUACAUUUUGUUAACAUCAAGUGGAUCCUUCCUAAAAUAAACUCAAUUUGAUCGUCCUUAAAACCAGACCUAUUUAAAAAAUGUCAAACUGCUUUCAGGCCUAUUUCAUGAGGUGUUAUAUUAUAGAGGGAGGUAACAUCACAUUGUAUCUCUGCAUGUGUAGCUUCCCCUCGAACUUCAGCAGUGUCUGGAUAGUCACCCACGGGCGGACUGGGAUCACCCCGCCAGUCCGGGGGAAGACUGGGGGCUGUGUAACGGGGCACAAUUUCUCUAGUGAUUGCCCAUGGGUGCCUCUGGGCUGGGAGCAGCCGCCUGAUCCGUGCCAGGUUGCAUGUUACAGUCAGGGGUAAGUGAACUCUUGUCGAAUCGCAGAUCGCCACACUGCAUGUCUGUUAUUGUGAGGGUUAAGAUGGGUGCCAGUGUAAGCUUUUAUGCUCAAGAUUGUUUGGGAGCUCAUGCAGAGCAAGGCUCACCGCCAUGAUGGUCAGGCCCCGCCCCCGAGAGAUGUUUUUAAUGUGAUUAUAUAUUUUAACAGAGAGAAAAUGUCAUACAAAGUUUCAGAGAAGGAAAAAUUUGGAUCCUGAUUUGUACAAGUCUCCUGGCUCGAGGAAUAGAUUUUAAAGGUGUAAACUUGGUUAUAAAUUAUGACUUUCCAACCAGUGCUGUGGAGUACAUUCACAGAAUAGGUACGGUAUGCAAUAUGCAAGUGCUUUACUUUAAUUUUCAUUUAGUUUCUAUUGUCUGUGGAACACAAGCUCUUUGUUGAAUGUGGUAACAAACACUUUAAUAGCAUAUUACUGACCAAUGUAACUAUUUUUUAAAUAUCUUAUUUUACACAUUUGUUUUUCAUUCCUUUCUUAUAUUCUUUUGUUAUACAUCUCCUCAUAAUAUGUACGUGUGUGUGUGUGUAAAUGUCUUUCAAAUGAAAGUUAGUAGUUAAUUUUGUUUUAUUUAUAAGUCUAUUUCCAAUUUUUAAUGUCUUCAUGUGGAAGUGAAUUAAGAAAACCAUGGUACUAAAUGUUUAAAUUCUAUUAAAUAGGACGUACUGGUAGGGCAGGGCACAGGGGAAAGGCAGUCACCUUCUUUACUGAAGAUGAUAAACCAUUGCUACGAAGGUAUGUACUGAAAGUAAAUUUCAUUGUAAUCAUAAUUAAAAAGAAUGUUGCAGCUGUUGACUUGACAUAUCUUUUCGGUAACAAACUCUGCUCACUCUGGUAUAUUUAUUGUAAUUACAUAAAGCUAGUUUGAAUACUUUUCUAAACCGCUCAGAGUAGUUGUCUUAUAUUUACUUAAAAAGAAUGUUAGGAGUCCUGAGUUAGUGAUAUACAAACUUACAAGAAAACUUUGUAAAGUAUGUAAUAAAUGUUUAAAAACGUAACUUAGCUUUCCCAGUUUCCAUUGUCUGGUACGCCUCUCAGCGAGGGAAGUUUCUUCUCUUACCCACUAAUCCACCCAUCUCACUUUCACAUGAAGUAGCACAAUCAAUACAUGAGAAACUAUGUGCAUAACUUUUACAAACAAAGACCAAAGGAUGUUGAGAAACAGGGAAGUAAUGACAAAAUAAUUUUUUGCAUAAAGCAAGUGUAACAUUUUUGUCCAAAGAUGGAGAUCUAGCCAAUGAAUAAAAUAAUGGUAUAACAACUUUUAGAAUAUGCAACGAUUAGAGAAAUUAGAGUAAGAGAGCGUAAAUAUGCACAUUAAAAAGCCAUGAGGCUGUGGUGAAUGAUGGGUGGGGGGGGGGUUAAACACUGGCUUUAUGUUUAAGAAGGUACACAUAAAUCAACCAUUUCACAGGAGGAGCAAUUCACCAGGGUCUUAGACAGAGAUAUACCCUGAUGCCACAAAGAGCCAGAGUCUCAUAAAAAUGGAUUCUAAACUUAUUUGAAAAAAACUACCAGUUUUACUCUUCUUGUAACACCCACCUCCAUGCUGUCUUUCACUCCUUCCUGCUCCUCCUGAAGUUUUAUAUGAUUUGCCCUGCUUGGGAUGCUGACUGCUCUCUGCUUAAAGGGACACUCCAGGCACCCAGCCCACUUCAGCCCAUUGAAGUGGUGUGGGUGCCAACUCCCAUCACCCUUAACCCUGUAAGUUUAAUUAUUGCAGUUUUUAUAAACUGCAAUAAUUACCUUGCAGGGUUAAGUCUUCCUCUAGUUGCUGUCUAUCAGACAGCCACUAGAGGGACUUCCGAGUUCUUAAAGUGUUUUAAAUGACACUGGAUGUCCUCACCGGAAUAAUGCUUUCUAAUGGGGAGUCUAAUGCACAGAAAUGGCCACGCGCGCAUGUGCAUUAGGUCUCCCCCGCCAACGGUGGGGACGGAGCGUGGCCGGAGCCUGAUUCCGGUAAGUCACUGAAGGCGUUUUAAACCCCUUAGCAACACGGGAUGGGAGGUGGGAGAGAGGGGGGCACUGCAGUGCCAGGAAAACGGGUUUGUCCCUUUUUAAUAUGUGCUGUCUAAUGCAGUUGUUCAUUGCAGUUAUGACUUUCUCUGUGACAUCUGAUUAAUGUACUCUGUACUCCUAUCUCUUAGCAUUGUAAAUGCACUUUGUUAGGAAAAUAAUUUUUUUUUUUUUUUUGCAGUGUUGCCAGCGUUAUCUCACAAGCAGGAUGCCCAGUGCCAGAUUAUAUUAAACACUUCAAGAAACUACAAAGGUGAAUUGAUCAUACACUUUAAAUUGUGGCUAGAUACAAAUGUAGAUGUAUAAAUUACGUGUGCUUUAGGUCUUGUUCAAGUAUUUGAAGAGUCAUCUUUAUAGAAUGUAAAUGUUUUGUUCACAGCUUCUGGAUGUUAUAGCAUGGAGGUUCCUGUUUCUCUCUAUUGAUUUCAACAUCUACUUCUGAUUUUAUGUAUGCAAGCCCCUGCCAAAACUAUAAACACUGGUUUAAAUUGACUAAAGCUGUAGCAUAUAUGUGUUCCCAAAGACACAAAUAAAUCUCAAUUUAUCCUUUGUGGUAAAAACAAAUUUAAAUUAGAAAAUGGAUUGUAUUUGAAUGCCACUGUUAUUAGAAUAACUAUUUUUAAUAAGCAAAUAAUGACAAAGCAAGUAUUCCUUUCUGCAUUUUAUUCGUUAAUGAGAACAUUUUGCUAUGGAAACCUGCUGUUAUGAAAAAUAAAUGUGGCCUAACUGUCUAAAUGUAAUGGGUAUUGUACAUAGAUAUUUAUAGUCUGAUGGUAUAAGCAGCUUUGCUGUACACAAGUAUAAUUUAUUUAUGGAUAUAUACAGAUAUAUCCAUGCAAGUAUACCAUAAGUAUAGUUUAGUAUAAGUGUGAACACAUCACUCAGCUCAUCGUUUGUUAUGACUGUUUUUUUUUUUUUUUCUUCAAAAUGUCAUGUUAUUUUGUAUUGUUUUAAUGAAUUGUGCAUUUUGUAUCAUCAGUAAACAGAAGAAGAGGAUGGUAAAGAACCCAUUAAAAAGAUCCCAGAUUCGCACAACUCCAAAGUUCAUUUUAGAAAAAGCUAAGCGGAAGAGGUAUGAGAAGGUUUUAUUGAUUAUUAUUUAUAAAUAUAUAUUGGACAGUGUAACUUAUUGCAAAACAUAAUUGAAUACAUUCAUAAAGCAAUGCUUUUUAUUUAAAAAGCAAAAAAAAAGGGGGGCGGGGCCGGGCCGCCGAGCCGAACGGCUGCAACUCACGCUGGCUCCGGCAUAGAAAAGCCUAAAACCUUUAAAAUACUCACGAUCCAUGCCGAAAACCGACACCAGAGAGGUAAUCCGGCAGAGAGGAACCGGGGAGUGCAACGCUAGAGCACAUAUUGAACAUCCGGCUCACACAGUGACCCCGGAGGCCUCAACCACGCUACAAGAGCGGGACCCACAGCAUGCAAGUAAGGCGAGGGUGACCUGGCCCGGCCCCGCUCCCCCCCCACCCGGCCGGGGGGGUGAUCCCGGCCCAAAGUCGGAACAUCGGAGGCUGGAGGAGGAGGCACGCCCGGUACACGACGCUCCUGUACACGGAGCUACAAUGGCCGACGGAUACACAGUACCCGCACAGCAUCACGGGACGACUAGCACACAGCAGAAAUCCCGCGCUGGGAUACCGGGACCCCCGAGACGGCGGAGCUCACUACUGGACCACCCCGGGCGGCGUACGAGUCGCUGGAAAGCCGGUCCUGAACCCCGGAUUUGGUGGGGGUCCGGGAGAAACAACCCCCAACUCUGUGAGCCCGGUGGGGCUGAGAAGCGCGGGCCAGCCGGCGGACCGGUGGCCGGAGGGCACGCGCCGGCAACAUGUAAGUGGCCGGAGGAGGAGGUGGCAAGUCAGGGCUGGGGCCCCAAGGAGGCCCUGCUGAAGCUGGGGAGGUGCAGGAGGCGGGAGCCCAGUGGACUCUAAGGUGGGGAGGCUGCCGGACAGCUCCGGCCUCCGAGUGCCCACAGCGGGGUUGUGCCCCCUAAAGAUGCGGAAACACGACUUGGGGUGGGAAAGGGAGGGCGCUGUCACACCCGGGGGACCCGGAGAGACUCAGGGGGGGUACAGCUGACCCACCAUGUGCAGCAUCAUUCAGAGAUAGCCAUGGGAAGGUCAUGCCAGAAUAAAAGCUGCGAAGAAGACUGCCAAUUUCACACCAGAUGGCUUCAACAUACCGGGCGCCAUUACGCCCCCUCCAGCGAAGUGACUUAUAUGUUAAAAGUUCGAAUGUGUUUAGCUAGGGCUAACCAUGCUAAUGUUCCCUCUUGCAUAAGCCCUUGUACAUAGGAUAUACACUUUAAUAGUUGCACAUUCAUUACACAGCGAGCCUGUUGCGCAGUUGAUAGGGCAAUGACACAAUGCUAACAGCUACUUAACACCGCGUUACUUAGUACCGCUUAUUUAAUGGCACGGAACAUGACAUGAUUUAUUAACUACAAAUAAGGCCAUCAGCUACGCGCAUCUUAAUGUUUAAUUGUUUAUUGCAUGAUCAGCUACAGUUUACCUCAGAUUGACGCAUUAUAGGAUGUUGUUACCUUUUAUGCUGUAAUGCUUAGAAAUGUAUUCCUGCAAAGUUCAAGUACGCCUAUAUGUUCUGAUCAUUACGCCUCUGCGCAGGCGAUAAUCUGCACCUAUUCCUAUGUGCUAACAUUUAAGCCUCUACGUAGGCGACUGUUCACCUUAAUGAAUGCUAUAACGUACUGCUUAAGCCCCUGCGUGGGCAACCUCUGGCUUUAUUACGAACCAGUUCGCAAUAUGCACUUAUAUUGUGAAAACAAUAAAAAUAUUUAAAACAAAAAGCAAAAAAAAUAUAAACCCCCAAAUAUUGAAUAGUGUGUAUGGCACAUCUGCUUCAGGUGAAAUAGGAUCUACUGGUAGUUCUCCUGAAAUCACUAGAAUGUUAAUCUUCUGGGACACACCAACAAUGUUUCUCAAUGAAAGCACUCAUUUCAACUUUGAACUAUAGUGAAACCUCAAAUCUUCCUGUGCAUAACACCACCAGUGUUUGUUUGUUUUUUUCAAUUUGACUAUUUUUUUUUCAACGUAGAGAAGAGGGGAAUGCAUAGGGUUUGGGAACAGAGAGGGGGAGAGCAGAGCAGAAUAUGUUACAUCACACAGUUCCUGUACAUCAAACAGCGGUAGUGUGGCGCAGCACACUUCAUCAUGUCCAAACAUUACAUUACAUUACAUCUUGGAGAACACACCAUAUGUGAUAUUGUACUCUGACGUUCAGUCUCAUCGCCUAAGCAGGUUUGGUGAUUCCAAAAGCCAUUUGGUUAUCAGUUUGAACCUAAAGUGCGGUGUCUGGGUGUUCAGUGUGCUCAACUUUUUAAAAACCUUUUUUUAUGGGGAUGUCUUUAAUAACCUGUACAUGCUUAAGUCUGUUUGGUCUACCGUCUUAUUUGCUCACACUCUUUUCAUAUGGUCACUGGUAUAUGAAACUUGAUUCAUUUGUAAGAGAAUGCCUUCUAUGAAACCUGUCAGUAUUAACUAUUAUAAAGUGAUUAAAACAAGUAUUGUUUUUUCCCUCUACAGAAAAAUUAUACAGAAAAAAUUGAAAGAAGCAAAAACAGAGAAGCAAGAAAAAAACCAAAAGCAGCAAGCACCAGAAAGUUGACCUACAUCAUAUCUGGAAAGUCCAAUAAAUUGUGUGUUUUGGGACAUGUAUACUGAAUUGAAAGCUUAUCACGUGGAGUAGACAAUCCUAAGAAUACAAUUGAUUUCUGGAUGAUUUGGUGCAUUAUCUGCUUUGGACGCAUGCUAACUGGACCAUCCAAAUAUUUCUGGGAGUUGUAGUUCAUCUUGUCAGUUUUUUGCUGGACUACAAAUCCCAGAAACCCAUGUUAUCACAUUCUGUCAACAUGUUAUUGGAGCUCAGAGGGGAAAGACUGCAUUAUUAGAUGGAGGUGCAGAAAGGUUUGCCUUUUGAGUCAAAUAAUUUAUUUAAAAAGUAGGAAUUUUAAUUUAAAAACAAAAAAACUGGUCCCUAAGCUACAAAAUUCACCUAAUGUGUGGGUGCCUGGGGUGUCCCUUUACAGUUCUGACUGGCUCCAUUAAUUAUUGUUCGACCCAAUAUACAUAUUUUUCAUCUUGUGUUUCUGACAUGAUGCUUAUUUUUAUAGUUUAUUUUUACUUGACAUGGUUCUGAUUUAUAUUUAAAUAGAAUGUGUGUAAGAGAUUCACAUUUGUAUUUUGAUAUUGUCUACUAAAUAUUAUCCUGCGAUUUGUCCUACUCUUGACAAUUGUUUAUUAAAAAAUAAAAAUAAACCACAC